UGAUUUCUCUCUUUUCUUCUUUAGGUCCUCCAUUGCUCGCUGUGUUUAAGAAAUAAAAAAACUGUGCCAGUGGCAACUUUCUAUCAUUUUCUACUCUUUUCCAGCACUGUCUUCAUCACAACUGAGAAUGCCUGAGAAACAGAAGUUGUGGUUUCACUGUUUUUUAUCUCUCAUCUACAGAGGAUAGAAGAGGGUUCAAAGGUAGCAUCUUCUUCUCAUUUUCUUCUUUUUAGUUACUUCUAUAGUUUCAUACUUGACAUUUUAACUUGCAGAUUUUUUCCUUUUUUAUGCUUUCUGGCAACUUAGCACCCAUAGCUAGGCAAAUAAAUUGAUGAUGGGUGGGUUUCUUUGAUAUUACAUUGAUUGAGGGCUUUACUUUAAUUAUUUGUUACAGAGAAUAAAGACCAUUUCAUGAUUGGGUCUACAUCCUUCUAUGGUUUUAUUAUCAUCUUAGUCAUCAAAAAGAGUUCACUUUUUAAGCCAUGGUUUUCAUGUGGUUUAGGGCAACCCUUUUCUUUUUAGAUUUGUAGUUGUACGAGAAGCCAUGGGCCUUGGUCGGUUUUUAUGUUUUCUUUCCAGUUUAUAUGAACUAAAUUGUCAAAUUUAUUGAUUUGGAAAUUGAAUAUCUAAAUCCAUUUCUUCUCACUUAAUUUAUCUUCUUGGGGUUAAUCAUCCAUUUUGAUCAACAUUUUUGGAUUAUUAAAUAUCAUAACUAUACUGAUUCAUGUACUGUAUGAGAUUAAUUAUCAGUCUUCAUAUCAUAUCAUCCCUUGAACUUGACAACAAUUUUAUUUCUGAUGGGGUUGAUCAUGACAUUGAUCACUUGGCAUCCUCUUUUAUGUUAGAAUCUAAUUUUUUUCUUCAAUGUGUAAAAUGGUGAUGCAUCAAUCAAACUCUUGAUUUAUUGGUACGACUCUUAAGCUUCUUUAUUUAAAAAUAUCUUAUUCUUUAUCUUUCAUUUUCCUGUCUGGGUGGCUUAGAUUUUAUGGAUAGUUCUGUUUUUGUAGGGAGGUAAUUGUCAAACAAGGGGAGAUAAAGCUAUGAAAAGAAAACAAGAGACAAGAUUCAUGCGCUCUUAGUUGUCUUUAUUUACUUAGUCUAGACUGCCAGUGACAAGGAAAUAGGUGGAAGAGUUUAGUGGUGGCAGGGAGUGUUCUAACAUCUGACUCCAAGGAAUUUUGGACUAUGGCUGGAGUCCUUGGUUCAAUUAACAAUUUUGUAUAAUGAAGGUAGUUUUGGCUGUGCUUUUCUCCCCUUUUUAUUCCUUGGAUGAGUGUGUUUUAGGGCUGACAAGGGGGCAAGGAAGCAGUGAUGGAUGAAAGGGGGUAAAAAUUUGAUAAAUAAACUAAAACAAGUCAUUUGAGUGUUAUAUGAUGGCAGGGACUUAUCUGAGCUUUAUUU